AUGGGCUUGUCCAAGCUCUCCGUUUCCCUGCUCGCCCUGGCCAGCAGCGCCAUUGGAGCUGAUCUUCCCUCCAUCACAGCCAAGGGCUCCAAGUUCUUCUACCCCAACGGCACCCAGUUCUUCAUCAAGGGUGUUGCGUACCAGCAGGAUGUUGGCCAGGCCGGCACCACCAGCUCCUCUGGCAACUCUACCUUCAUCGAUCCCCUCUCCAGCGAGGCCAACUGCAAGCGUGACAUUCCGCUGCUGCAGCAGCUCGGCACAAACGUGAUCCGUACCUAUGCCAUCGACCCCACGGCCGACCACUCGGCCUGCAUGAAGCUGCUCGAGGCUGCUGGCAUCUACGUCUUCUCCGAUCUGGGCGAGCCCUCGCUGUCCAUCAACCGCGACUCCCCCAGCUGGAACACCGACCUGUUCGCCCGCUACAAGGCCGUCGUCGACGAGAUGCAACAGUACUCCAACGUCAUCGGCUACUUCGCCGGUAACGAGGUCUCCAACGCCAAGAACAACACCAUGGCCUCUGCCUUUGUCAAGGCCGCCGUCCGUGACACCAAGGCCUACAUCAAGUCCAAGAAGUACCGCUGGCAAGGUGUCGGCUAUGCCGCCAACGACGACGUCGACAUCCGCUCCCAGAUGUCCGACUACUUCAACUGCGGUGACCAGAGCGACGCCAUUGACUUCUGGGGCUACAACAUCUACUCCUGGUGCGGUCAGAGCUCCAUGCAGAAGUCUGGCUAUGACACCGAUACCAAGUUCUUCGCCAACUACUCUGUCCCCGUCUUCUUCGCCGAGUACGGCUGCAACCUGCCCAGCGGCGCUGCCGACCGUAUCUUCCAGGAAACUGCUGCUCUCUAUGGUGACGAGAUGUCUGCUGUCUUCAGCGGUGGUAUCGUCUACAUGUACUUUGAGGAGGCUAACGACUAUGGUCUGGUCAAGGCUAGCGGCAGCUCCGUCACCAAGUUGAAGGACUUCAGCGCUCUCCAGUCUCAGGUUGCCAAGGUCGACCCCAAGGGUAUUGACUCCGCCGACUACAAGCCCACCAACGAGGCCGCCAAGUGCCCUGCCCUGACUUCCACCUGGCAAGCGUCCGACAACCUGCCUCCUACCCCCGACGCUGGUCUCUGCUCUUGCAUGCAGGCUUCUCUGUCCUGCGUCCGCGCCUCCGGCCUCGAAUCCAAGGACUUCGGUGACAUCUUCAACUUCAUCUGCGGCAACAACCCCACUGUCUGCGCCGGUAUCAACGGCAACGCCACCAGCGGAGUCUACGGUGCCUACAGCAUGUGCGACGACGGCGCCAAGCUCGACUACGUCCUCGACACCUACUACAACUCCCAGAAGAAGGCCUCCACUGCUUGCGACUUCAACAGCCAGGCCCAGGUCGUCAGCGCCAAGCCCCAAGCUACCUGCUCUGCUGCCCUGGCCUCCGCCAGCAACAUCAACAAGCAGGCCGCCACUGCUACUGGCCCCGUCAACGCCGGUGCCACCGGUGGCAGCUCCACCAGCGGUGGUUCCAGCACCAGCAGCAGCGCUGCCGUUGCUGGCCGUCCUGCUGCCUACCUGCUCAGCAUGGGCGAGAUGUCCAUGGCUCUGUACAUGGGCGUUGCCGUGCUCACCGGUGCUAGCAUGAUCCUCCUCAAAUGCAACGACAACAUGAGUGAAGAGAGCUUCUUUGAGAGGUCAAAGAAGAAAUGGAAAAAGUUUCAGCAGCGUGGGCGAUCUCCGCGGGCAAGUACUCUGCCAGCUACAAGCCAGCUCUCCGCACCAACGCAGCCUUCCACAUCGUUGGACACUUUGUCAAUAUCGGCACCGCCUUCUCCAGCUAUUGAAGCGUCAAAGCCCAUUAUCAUAGUAUCGACGCCGGACAUUGCGGCCAGACAACAGGAUCCUUCAGAAGGUCUUUGGAGCAAAGCUUUCGAAAGGUCAAGCAAAGAGACCAAGAAUUGGAUUCGAGAACACAGUCUCGACCUUUCUGAGCAAGCGAAGCCGGAAGACCAUAUUAAGGACAUCAUUCGACUUAUUGAAAGCAACACGCUAUGUACAGAUCAAGACGGCAAUUCGAAGAUUGAUAUUAAUUAUCAGAAGAUUGUCUUUCGUGAAUACAUUGCGGAUGUUGCUGCGUUUCUUACCAUGGCGGGCGAUAUUGCUAUUAACUUUGCGCCGCCACAAGCCAGCGCGCCUUGGGCUAUUGCGAAAGCGAUGCUGAAAAUUCCCGUCAAACAAAGCGACCAGAUGGCAGCCCUUGCCGGGACAGUUCAGUGGUUCGCUCGCAUAGUUCGCAGAGGCCAGCUAUACGAGCUACUGUAUAACAUAGAGAUGACUGAUAAAAACGCCGUGCUAAACUUGCAUGACGCCCUCUUAGAUGUAUAUGUCGCGGCAAUAGAGCUCCUCACGCGUUCCGAUAGCCUGAUUGGAGGCGGGAUGGCCAAGCAGACGCUUAAUGCCAUUCUUAGGCCAGAGCAGGCCACAGGACUUGUUGCAGAUUUGUUCCAAAAGGAACAGAAGCUUUUACAAGAAGUUACAGUCUGUGAAGCUUCUCGAAAUGAAAUUGCCGGUAGACAAGCCGAUGAGAAAGCAAGAGACUUGCUCUUUAGCGUGAAUAAGCUCUCGUCGCCGCUGACACGAGUUGAUGAGGGAGUCAUGGAUAUUCGGGAAAUGAUUGACGAGGACCGACUGCGGGGGCUUUUACAGUUUAUCAGUCCGGAAGGGCAUGGCAAAAGCCACGUCGAUAUUGCAGAUUCGAGAAUCGACGAUACAGGUAAUUGGUUGAUAGAGCAUGAGGGAUUUCGCGCCUGGCAGGCUAUACCUUCAUCAUCAACGAUAUUGUGGCUCAAAGGAACCGUUGGCACCGGCAAGACAUAUCUCACCUGGCGGGCGAUUGAGUAUGUCAAGGCGACAUUGGAAGAAGGAUCUGGUAACGAAGGAUUUGCCUUCUUCUACUGCAGCCGAUCAGCAACUUCGCUGCAAGAUCCGCUGGUGAUUCUGAGAAGUUUUGUUCGCCAGCUGUUUGACAAGGGAUCCGAAAAUGGCUAUAACCGCGUGAUUCUGAAACGCAAAGUAGCGGAGAAUGAAGGGCGGAGUCUGGGACUGAAGGACUGCACAGAGCUAAUUUUGGAGCUUAUCAGUCUCUAUUCCAAGUCAACCAUUAUUCUUGAUGCUUUGGACGAGACCAGCGCGACGAGUACGAACCAGAACUUGGCAGAGAUUCUCAUUGGCAUACUAGACAAGGCCAAGAAACCGGUUAAACUGUUUAUAUCUAGUCGUCCGGACCGAGAAUACCUGCAGGCGUUUAAAGCUAACGCUACAAUUACUAUCGAAUCCAACAAUCAACAAGCAGACAUUGAAAAAUACUUGGAGGACAGACUUUACUCGACUUUGUCGUUUAAACAACGUCAAAUGGAAACUCAGUCAUUAAUCCGAAAUGUUUUUUCGUCGAAGAAUAGCACCAUAUCCUGGGCCACUACACUGCCCAGUACUCUGACAGAAGCGUACGAUCAGCUGUUUGAUGAUAUGAGAAAGCAUGACGAACACGAUGUAGCCUUGGCUGAGCGUGCCAUCAAGUGGGUGCUAUGCUCUGUUUUACCACUUAGCUCCGAGGCAUUGUUGGAAGCCAUUCGCUAUUCGCUACAAGGGUCAAUGGUGGUUCAAAAAGACAAACAGACUGAGCAACAGAUAUUAUCCCUCUGCCGAGAUCUGUUAACUAUUGAACCAAAACGCAAGGUGUGGGCACUGCCCCACGCGUCUGUCGCUGAAUACUUUGAGCUAAAGGGCAUAACUCUAGCAGAGUGCGAUUUAUUUGCUUCCAAGAUAUUACUUGAUUGUCUUGUGAACUUUGAGCCGGAGACAUUAAAGCGUGUGGCAAAGUUGUGGCCAGUUCGGAGCUUUGAGCAGUAUGUUGUCUACGCAUGGUUUCUACACGUCGAACGAUAUGACAAAUGGAUCGGUUCACAAAAGGGUGCGAAUGCAGACCCAGACCUUUUGAUGGCUCUCAAAAGAUUCCUUGGAUCGCCCCAAGAAAGCAGCGAUUACUAUAGACGAUGGAUUAACAACGCUGAGACCCUCAUCGAUAAGGGAAGAAGAUAUCCUGAUGGACGAAUCGGCUAUUCAGUAAAAACCGAGCUAUUGCCCAGUGAUAUGGCAUUGUGUGCUAUGUGCCGAUAUGGCUUCUACUACACCUUGCGAGAUUGGUGGGAGGGAUCCAAAAUCAGCAAGGAAAUGGUGCUCAGAGAGUGCAAACUCGGUUACACACCGCUUAUUCAUGCAGUCCAUAGCGGGUGCAUGCCGAUUCUCAAACAUUUGAUCAAAUUAGGCGGCACAGAUUACUCGCCAUCUGAAAGAUGCAAAGCCGUGGACAAAGCCAUGGCUUAUGAACAGUGGGAUGUCGCAACCUUGCUGAUGACGGAGGCGACAAUCGACAUCAACAAUGUACAUGGCGGAUAUACCGAGACUCUCGUCCAACAGGCUGCGAGAACCAACCCUGAAAAGCUGCAAUGGCUGAUAGACCAAGGCUGGGUAGACGCGAAUAGGGAGAGCGUCACAGAGUUUGGCAGCCCCUUGAUUGCAGCCGCCUGUGUGCUAAACAUACAGUCAGUUGAGAUUCUGCUCAAGGCCGGUGCAGACGCAAACGCUUCUGUGGAAUGCGGCAAAUACGACACUGCUCUUGACGCAGCAGCUUCUAGCUAUGUCUUUGACGAGCAGGAACUCGUCGAAAUCGUCCAGCUAUUACUCGCCAACGGCGCAGACGCCAACAAGCCCUUGAAGAAAAGCCGGUAUGGCAGCGCAUUGGAAACGCUAAUUUGUCUCAACUUUGACGACAUCAACAUCCUGAAAGAGCCGUUGGACAUGUUGCUCAAAGCUGGUGCUGAUCCGACAAUGGUGUUUGAAAGAGGGCAUUACGGCAGUGCCUUUGCCGCCGCUGCGUUCCAUGGACUUACAGAGCUGCUCGUUGCCAUGAUUGGGGCUACGAGCAAAGAGCGGGCGGUGGAAUGUCUCCGCUUGGGGAGACAUCCUGAUAAAUGCGUCUUGGGGUUGAAGAAGACGGCUGAGAAAUGGAGGGAGGGGAGAGCGGAAACUGUAAAGUAUCUUGGUGGUGAAAUGGGGGUGGAUGAAGAGACGCUGCGGAAAAUUGGGCUGUGGGAUGUCACGCCUGAAACGAGACAGGGCGAGUAUUAUAUAGCUACAUUAUAG